CUCGCCGUAUAAGACUGACGUGCUCCCACUCCCUGUCUGUUCUCCAUCAAACACUUGAACUUUCUUUUACACUUGCUUCGCACAACCUCCUCAAAGACCAUCUCUCUUUGCUAAUACACAACCUUCGCUUAUACAACCCUACGAAAGUCUUACUACCACUACAACUAUUACAACAAUGAUGCUCUCCUCCGCUCUCGUCCUUCUCGCGUCCGCCACUCUCGGCUUGUCUCAAUUGACCUCUCCCUCCAACACUACGGUGUACAACAAUGCUUCCUCGGUUCCUGCAACUGGUGGUCCGACUUUCGAUGCUGGUAACUCGACUGCUGCCUUUGCCAACUCCACCCAACCCGCAAACGGUACCGUCAUCACCAUCAUCCCGAUGGGCCCAUACGGCUCGAACGUCACCGUUGCCAUCACCAACUCGACGACAUCGUCUUCGACCUCGUUUAACGAGUCUUUGCCUAUUGGUGGUGGUGACGAGAUCACCAUCCAACCUGAGGAGAUUAACGGUGUGGAUGGAGCCGAGGUAUCUGUGGUCGAUGUUCAGAUGAACGUUACUCAUCACUACAACCUCACCAACAACGUCUCCGUCUCGCUCCAUUACCCCUCCAACUUCACCAACCCAAUGACGCAAGUCAACCUCACCCAACCCAUGUUCCCCGGCUCCGCCUCCAUGAACACCUCCAUGACCUUCAACUCCUCCGACCCCACUUUCAAUGUGACCUACCCUAGUCCUCCCGGUCACGGCGGUUUCGUCGCGUUGAACUUUACAACGAGUCGAGAUGAGGGAAAGGCGUUGUGCGAGUCCAUGGGUUUGUCUUUGGCGAAUAUCAAGAUUGACAAUAUCUUGGCCACGGCGGAUAAGCCUGGAGUUUUCUGGAUUAACUCCUGGAACACCGAUUCUUAUGGCUCCGCCUGUCUCGCAUUGUUCACGCCCGGGUUUGCCAUCGUGAUCCCUCGUGGAGGAUGCAACGCAACGGGCGUCAAGACCCUCUGUGGCCCCAAGGAGGCCGGUAUUCGCUAAACCCCUCCCUCCUUCCUCCCUUCCUUCAGUUGAAUUUGAUGAGCGGCGCUUGAUUGUGAUGGCAUGUACAUAUACUGUAGGCAUGGAUUGAGUAUCAUUAGUGGGCUUUCUUUUCCCUGGGCGUUGAAGGUUGCAUUUUUACCCUUGCUUUUAUGUUGUUGGUGGAGGACUGGUACUUCCGCCUACGUUUCUUACGUCUCUGACUUCUGUCGUGAUGAACUUGACUUUGAGAGUUGAGGGAGGACGGUGGAGGGAUGAUGGGAGUGUAGAUAGGAUAUUCUUAUCGAGUGUCUUUGAGGAACUUCAUGACCACGGGUGCUUUCAUGUUGUAGAAUGACGUUUGAAUUCGUAUCAUGAACGCCAUUAUCGUAAGGUCAUUAUUUCCUCUUUCACAAAUCCGCCGUCAAUGCAAGAAGUCCACGACUCC